AUGGCGGCGAGUGAGGCCGCGGCGCCUCGCGUCGGCUCACCCGUCCCGCAAGAUUCCACCUGCAUGAAGACCUUCCCCGAUUCCAGCUUCUUCAAGGAGCGACCAGCGUCAGAGCUGCCAUCACCAGCAGAAAUCAGGGCGCUAAACGCAGAGUCUGGGGACAUGCGGGCCGAGUCGUUCGGCCGACCCUCGCCUGUGAUCGUGCCAUCACUCGGACUAUUCGUCAAGUACGGAGCUGACGUGACCGUUGCCGAGAUGGAAACUCAGAUUCGAAUGCGCGAGCUGCUGCAAGGACAAGUGCCCAUUCCGGAGGUAUUUGGCUGGGCCGAAGAUGGAGGCCAAACGUUCAUAUACAUGUCCCUCGUCAGCGGCGACACUCUACAAGCGAGAUGGGGCAGCAUGAGCGAAAGUGAGCGAGAAGCUGUGUGCCAGAAACUGCGGCCCAUGGUAAAUGCAUGGAGGACUCUACCGCAAGAAGGGGGCGAGCCGUAUGUUGGAAGCCUGGGCCAGCGUCCUCUGAAUGACAUUAUCCUCAGCGACCGACCAAACUUCGCGGGACCAUUUUUCGGCGAAGAUGCGGUCCAGCAAUUCCAGGGUGCAUGCGGAAUCGCGAUCGACGAGAACGUACCCGUCGUCUUCACCCAUGCGGAUAUAUGCCCUCCUAAUAUCUUGCUGACACCCGGUCCCGAUCCCAAGGUGGCUGCUGUCAUCGAUUGGGGCCAAGCUGGUUGGUAUCCUUCAUAUUGGGAGAACUGCAAAGCGCGACUGGUGCAAGCCCUUCCUUAUCAAUUCGAUCCUCUUCUGCAAGAGGAGUGGCAUGCCAAGUAUGUCCCGAUGAUUAUGGACACGGUGGAUGAUGAGAAGUAUUACCACCCGUGGUUCUACUUUGGGCUGUCGAAGGCGUUCUAA